AUGCUGCCUCACCGGGUGCUCCGAUCUCGCUGGGCGCCGUGGUGGCCCGCGCUUUCAGUUUCGAUCCUGGCCCUUCUCAUCCUUCUCUGCCAUGUCACGGCGCUGCUCAGCGGGAAGUGCGACCGUGAGCAAGAUGGAAGGGUGGAGCGGGCCUACAUCACGGAGAUCAGCCUAACUACCGAGACGCCCCCAGAGAGCUACAUCUGGACCUUGGGGGUCAUCCUCACCUGGAUCCUCUUCCUUGGCCCCGUGGCUGGGCUCCUUCAUGAGGUUCUCUGGGAGUACCCGCUGGGCUAUGUCUUGGCUCUGCCAGUGCUUCUGGCGGAGGCCCUCCUGGUUUUUGGCACUCUCUGCCUGAUGGGCCUGGCAACGAUUACGAAUCAGGGAACAUUCCUGGAGAUGGAGAACCAGAUCGAGGAUGGCCACGCCAUCCACCAGCAGCUUGCCAAUGCCUUCUUCCUCUGCUGCUACAUGCAUGGAGCCCUUGUGGUUUUCCUGCAGGGCAUGCGCUGGAAGCGUCAUUCUUUGCUGGAGAGGAGAUCUCUCGUUUUCAAGGCCUCGACCUUGAUUUUCUUGGCUCUCUCGGUGACGGGGGUGUUGCCUUGGCUUGUCAUGGAGCUGAUCCCGGCGCUGCGGACCCCAAUGGUCCGGGAACUGAAUCGCCGCGGCUUGACCCAACGAUUGGUCGUGUUGGGAAUCAUGGCUUUCGUGGGAAGUUACUCCAUGGAGUUGCUGGCGCUGCGCCGGCGUCUGACCUGCACGGGCUGA